GUUUAGCAGUUACUACUUGAACCCUUGAGAGGCUCAGCGAGGACUGUGAACGGGAAAGGAAAGCAUGAAGACUGCAGCCGUGCUGGUGGUGCUGUUCGCCUGGGUGUCUGUCAGAGCCACAGACACUGAGACCAAGGCCUCUGGCUUGUCUGUGGAUGUGUCAGAGUACUGUGCCAGCAAUUUCCCACGACGGUGCCACAGAACAGGAGCUUGGUACAGAGUGGGGAAUCACUGCCUUGGAUAUUUCCGAAGGCCCCUCAACUUCACGGACGCUGAGUUCCGUUGCAGGACAGUGGUCCACGGCGGGCACCUGGUGUCAGUGCACAGUUACCAUGCCAACUUGCAGCUGCUGUGCAUCGUCAUGAAGCACAACCACGGACACCCCCGAAUCUGGAUGGGAGGAAUGGAGAUGUUCAGGUCAAAAAAGUUCAUCUGGACUGAUGGUUCCAUUUGGAAUUAUAACGCAUGGGUGCCUGGGCAACCUGACAACACCAAUAAUGUGGAGGACUGUGUGGAGAUGAACUGGAGUUACACAGGGAAAUGGAACGAUGAUACCUGCUCUCGAAGGAAAAGCUUCGUGUGUUCCUACAAGGCCUGACCAAUAUGAAUGGCCAGUGAAUUGCUUGGCUGCAUCGCUGUCAGUGAGGGGUAGAGUGUGGGGUCAGAGGGUACACUUGCUGAAAGGGGAUGAAGGAGAAACGAAAGAAGAUUCUGUGGAAGAGAGAGAGACAAGAAAUCCUGCUUCGCUUGGCUGAAUUUAUGAUAUUGUGGCACAAAAAAAACAAAUAAAAAGAACA